AUGGAGUCCUCUCCAUUGAAGAGCCGAGUCGGCUCUAUUGUUGGCGUCAAACGUCCAGCGGCCUUGCUGCCUGCUUUUGAGCCGAGCUCGUCGCCCUCACUCCCAAGACAAAAGCGUGUAGCACGCGAGCCAGAAGUCUCGUUGUAUCCCACACCAGUUCCGACCUCGUCAACUCAUAUCAUGUCGUCUUCUCCUCCUCCACCUGGCGUCGCUACCUCCCGACCAUCCCUGUCUCGAUCCUUCUCUGCCACCCUCGAACGCGCACCCUUGUCGGCCGUCCCUUCUAUAAUGUUGCGGGAGAAUGGAGAGCCCAUUCUCAUGGGGCGAUCUAGCGUUUCGUGUCAUCAUCAGCUGGCUGCUAGCCGGAUGAUCUCUCGCGUUCAUGUCAAAGCUACAUAUAAACCUGCCCCCAAUCCGUUCGAUCGGGAUAGGGUUGAGAUUGUGUGCAUGGGAUGGAAUGGGAUCAAGAUUCACUGCCAAGGGAGAAAGUAUGAUUUGGCCAAGGGUAAAACCUUCACAUCAGACAUCAAGGACGCCGAUAUCAUGAUAGAUGUUCACGAGGCUCGGGUUCUGGUUCAGUGGCCUCGCAGUGAAACAAGGGACUGCCCUUCCACCGACUCAGAGCAAACCAGUGACGAGGCAACACCAACCCAGCGCCGCCAAUCUCGACGAGAACUGCAGGAAAGCCCGCUUCUAGAACGUCAGCGUCUUGCAUCACCUGUGUCCCCAUCUCCUGCUGCUAAACUUGCUAUCCCCCCAUCUUCUCCCAUCUUCACACCUCGAUCCCGUGCCGCAGUAGUGGUCUUCGAAGAUGAGCCCUCCCCACUGAAGCGUCACAACACAGUGACCGGCGUGACAUCCCAGAGUGCUCGCCGAGCAACCGCUAUGCUGCAUACAUCACAUGCAAGUGAGUUGAGUGACCUGAGUAGACACGACGAGUUCUCCGACAAUGACGAAGAAAAUGACCCAAUUGUUCAUUCCUUCGGUCCAUUCGGAGAGAAUCUCCUUCCUCGUAUGGCUUCUUUCCGAGCAGGGGAUUCUCCUGUUCAAACUGCUCGUUCUCCUCGCAGCCUGCUGCCUGCCCAGCCCCUCCAACCUCUCCGGUCCCCUAGACAGCCCGCCACCGUGCACGAGGAAAGAGACACCGAGCCUACUGAGACCAAGACCCUAUACACUGAUGAAGCGUCUGAGAGAGUCCGCAACCAUGCUGCUAACCAACUCGCCUUUUCCCGACUGUCAUCCACUCCGUUUUCAACCAUCCUCAACAACCUCCCUCCCGCGUACUGGAGGUCUGGUCAUGGGAAUGUAACCGGCCCUUCCAAAUCUGAUAUCCGCAACAUUCUCGCCUCGACCAAGUUUAUCGGCAGAGUCGCCCGUGAGGGCAAAGAUGCUGCUGGCAAACCGCUUGAGAGUGAAUACUAUUACGUUCCUGACGAGGAUGACGAUGUGAUGCGUCGGUCCGCAGUGGUGGAUGAUCUUCGGAAACCCGGUUUGCGCAACUGUCGGAAACAGCACAAGGUUUGUGACCCCUGUUCCCAAUACAUUCGUGAAUGUAUUUGA